AUGUCAAAAAGACAUCAAAAGAACAUAGAGAAGCAGUUGUUAGAUGUGGUCAAUAGUAGAGGUAACGACAACAGGUGUGGUGAGUGUGGUGCAGAAUAUCCAACAUGGGCGUCAUACAACUUGGGAAUAUUUCUUUGUGGAAGGUGUGCUUCGGCUCACAGACGUAUUCUUGGCCCACCAAACUAUAAAAUAUCAAAAGUUAAAUCUUUAACUUUGGAUAAAUGGUCGGAACAACAAGUGGAUAAUUUGCGUAGAGUGGGCAACGCUCGAGCCAAGAAAAGAUGGAAUCCCAAGAGAAUUCCUUUCCCCUUUGAUGGUGAUGAUGAUGUAGCCGCAGUCGAACAAUAUAUUAGAGACAAAUAUAUAUUGGGAAAAUUCCGUGACGAUGAUGUUGACCCAUCCGAGUUCGAUGACGACAAAAUGAGUAAAUACAGCAACGACGAUAGUCAUUCUCGACACUCGGCAAGGCUGAGAUCAAACAGUACAAGAAGUAUACAACAAUUACCUAAGUUGACACAUCGAAAAUUGACAACAUAUGAAUAUAGCCAGUAUCAAUUGCAACAAAAUCAAAUGCGUAAUUUUGGAUAUCAAGACAAAGAUGCAGCGUUGGAGAGUUUAUUAUUAGCAAACGGCGACGUUGAGUUGGCCAUAGAUAUAUACAAACAAGAUGCUAAAAUCAAUCCAGGAAAGGAAGAGAUCGCACCAGGAUUACCAAGCAGACCACGUCCAUCCACCACACAAGCACAAUCAACGACACCAACAGGUCCUGUGUCUUCUAAUUCUGACUGGUGGAGUAAUCCUGGAUCUACGGCUGGAUCAACGACUGUGUCAUCAAUGCCAACAGGGGCACAAACAGCUCCUCAAAUAUAUCAAUAUACUGAUCCCGUCACAGGUCAAGUGUCAUAUGUUGACUCCAAUGGGCAAGAGUAUUUGGAUCCAAAUAACCCUCAACACCAACAACAAUUGAUGAGUAUGACAAACCCACAACUAGUGGCCCAACAAACCAAUAAACAAAGUAUCAUGUCUUUGUAUAAUCAACCAACGACCGUGUCUCCUCAGUCCCAAGGCGCACAACAAACACAACUGUACUUUCCGCAACAAAAUGGUCUUGCACAACCUACGCAGACAGGGUUGAGUCAAACCGGUUUUGGAUAUAUACAGCAACCCCAACAACCUCAACAACAGCAACAGCAACAGCAACAGUUUACUGGUUUCGGUCAGACCCCUCAGCCUCAAUUCACUGGGUACGGGCAACCGCAACAAACUGGAUUUUACAACCAACAAGGGUUUCGUUGA